AUGGCAGAUAUGAGGGGGAACCCCGAGGAAGGAAUACUUGAAGGGGUCUCGCGCAUAUAUGCCCGGAAGCAUCAAGACAGAUUUGCGCAUCUUCUCUCGUCUUCCGCUUUGGAGUUCAAAACUGCUGCUGAGGGUACCAAGGUCGGUGAAGCCACAGUCUCGGCGGGCUUCGCGUGCCGCGAUUAUUCCCGAGCAUCGAUUGCACCUCUACCUUCUUGUGCCAAUACAUGUCCGUUCUGUGUGAAGCAGUUCCGACCUCUUUCCUGGCAAGAGACAAUUCCCGCGCUCAAAUACACACUCCAUCACAGUGAUGACGAGGCCGCCAGCAUCAUCGGCAAGUUGGUUCAAGAGACGACAGAAAAUCUAGCGCGCAUACGACAGGCUAUUCUGAAAUCCGGGGAUGCGAUAGCAAAGAGGUGGCAGAGGCGCAGUGCCGCCAAGCGGGCCGCCCUUCUUCUGGCUGCCAUGCCAAAUAUGAGGCGCCGCGUGGGCAUGCUCGUGUUUUCGGAUCUCCAGGGCGUCAAGCUGUCAACGCUAAAGGCUCAACUUUCUCUGCCGUACCUCACCAUAGAAGCAUUGAGCGAGGAUCCUUUGAGUCUACUCGCUUUGCUACACCACCGCUCAACACACAGGAUUGCAGACUUUGUCCUGUUUGACGCCUUACAACUUCAGUCAAGCUUUAGCCAAGGCGCAUUGGAAGCCUCUUACAAUCCUCAUUGUAUCUCAAUGUGUGGAGAAGACGUUGACAUUGGCAAUCUGGUCUUCUGGAACAAGCAAGAAGCCCAUCGCUCUCAGAUCAUUGGGUAUCCGCUUGCAAAGAUGAUCCUCGAGGCUCAAAACAUCAUGUCUACCUUCCUGGUCGAUAUGUUGGACACGAUACUWCAAAGCCCCGUCGAACCCGCUUCACAAGGUCAUGGUCUCUGGGACUCACUGUGUGCGGAAGACUUCGUCAAGAACAGCCCAGACCACACUGCUCCAGUACCCCGGCGAGCUGGCUAUCGUGCAGCUCCAGCUGGUUGUCUCUCGAUGCUAAGAACCACGCUCAGUAGUAUCAAGGCCCGACACUCUGCGAAUCAGAGCGACACGUGGCUGCUGCAGACUGAUCCUGCAUGCACUCGUCAGACUCUGGCUAGCUUAGAGCGGUCUGGUUUUCGCUACAGUGACGACAAGAAAAGAGACACGAUGACGCCGCUAUUAUUGAGUAGCAUUUCAAGGCAGGUCGGAUGGUACGUUUUGGAGGAAAUUGCCAAGGCGGUCUUGCAAGACUUCGAACUGGACGACAUCUCAACGACGUCCAACCCAGAAUUGAAAUUGAGAUGCGCGACAGGUCUGCAAACUCUCGAGCAAACUUUGAAGUUGGAAUUCAGGUCUUCUCUGGUCAGAACGAGGGUUCGGUCGGCGCAAACGGGGUUUUCUGGGCAUCCUUUCAGACCACAGGCUAAGCUGGUCAAGAGCCCAAAGGUUGGAAACAACAUGUCAUGUUGGGCAUUGGAGCGCAUGAGCGCACAUGACGUACCGGACUUGCCAAUCCCUGAACAAUACCUCGCUCUUCUCGAGUACGACAUUGCAAGUCAGAAGAAACACGAGCGCUUCAAUGAGACUUUGUACGAUUAUGUCUCCGAUCUUUCUACUCUCGAUGAAGCCAUCAUGGCCAUCAAGUAUGUGCGUCCGACCUACGAUUGGGCGGAGAAAGCGGAUAUGGAAGCGUACUUCGAACAAAUGCCGUUCUUAAAGGACAUCACGUAUUCGGACUACGUCGACGACAACUACUCCAGCCAUCGCGAUGUCCUCUGGCCGCCCCUCAAGGCAUUCUUGUCCACGCCAGUACCCACUGGAAGGGCCGCCUGGGCCUCUCUUGCCGCAUUUGAUGCCAGUCAUGCCGCGCUCGCUGCUUUUUGGGAUGUAGCAAGGGCAGUUCGAAGGGAGCUGCUUGUUCAAUCUGGAUGUCCUCCUGAGAGGGUUGAAGUCCUCGCUGAGUCGAUCAGUGCAGGUCUGUCCGAGGAUUAUGCAGCACAAUACCAGAACGAACGCAACAUGCUGUUGAACGAGAUUUGCAGACGCGAAGCUGCAGGCAAGAAGGCACUGCGACCGAGCCCAUCUAUUUCUUCCGUAUUGCACUCUUCCGAUUCUGUUGCUGACCAGAAGACUCGGAACACCACACCGCCACGUUMACGUGUGCAAUCAUUAUCCUCUCCAAGACCUCCACCACUAUCUCACGGCAAGUUGAAGAUCAAGACUCGGCCUGAGAUUCCUGUUCAGGAGCUAUCAGACCGGGCUGACAGUGCCAUCGCAACGCCAAUUGAUGACGGAAAAGCUGCCACAGAUCUUCGCAUCUCGGUCUGUCCUACCAGCAUGGACAUUUUCAGGCGCAUGUUCGUCACCUACGGCAAAAGAACCAACUCGAAUUUGAGAUGGUCGGAGUUCGUAAAGGCGAUGAAUGACGCUGGCUUCGCAGCCACAUGGAGCACAGGUGGUAGCGCUGUCGUCUUUGAUGACAUUCGGGGCAGUGGAGCGAUACGCCUCCAUCAACCUCAUCCUGAUCCCAGUAUUAAUCCGAUCUUACUUCGAGCCUAUGGGAAACGAAUGUCCCGGCAAUUUGGUUGGAGCUUUGACACUUUUGUCGAAAGUGUUUGA